AUGUUCAUUGAUGCAUUUGAUUGGAGUCGUUCCAAUUUCAAAUACAGCCUUCCUGACAUUCGUUCGCACCAAGCUGAUCCACCGAUUUUGGAACUCUGGCGCAAGGCUGACGAAUCUCUCUCCUUCAUCCUCGUCACUAACGUGAUUGGCGUGUCUAAAGAGUUUAUUCUACGCAGAGAGAGACAGAGAGCGAGGGAGAGUCGGGAGGAGAAUCCACCUCCAGCCCUCAUUCCCCCAGCAUUCCCCAACCGCGGCUCUAUUUUCGCAAGCCUGGCGAUUCCGCAAAACUUUAUGCAUGAGCGUGUGUGCACCACGCGUGCCCCACGCCGAUUGGCUCGAAAUGCACACUUGCCAGCACCACACGUGCGCUUGCCUGUGUGCGGCAAAAGUUUAACCCUAAUCGCACGCCUGCACACACCCGCCGCUAGCCGCGCACAGUCCAAGCACGUACUCGAGAGUGGGUAA